GACAAGCCUCGUUACUGAAAGGCUGCUGUGAUGAGGUCAUUGACAACGGCGGCUCCUCCUCUUCCUCUGGUCUUUCUGCUCAUGACUGCUGGAGCUUUUGGAACAGAGUGGAGUGUGAAGUACAACCAACAGGAAAUCUGUGCUUUAAAAGGAUCCACAGUGUUUAUGAACGGAACUUUUAGUCACCCAGAAGGUCUCACAGUGACAGAGAAGUUCUGGUUCAUACACGCAGUUCCAGGGGUGGAGCCGACUGAUCUGAGUAAAGAGUCAGAUUAUUCAGGCAGAGUCGAGUGUUUAACUGAUGAUCAGAAACACUUCUCCCUCAAACUGAGUGAUGUAGUGAAGAAGGAUGAACAUCAGUUCCGCUUCAGAAUCAUAACAAAUGAAGAAAAAGGAAGAUGGACAGGUGAACCUGGAGUUCAGCUCAGAGUUACAGAGCUCCAUGUAGAAGCUCCUGAAGAAGUGACCGAGGGACAAACAGCAGAUCUGACAUGUAAGACCACCUGCAGUCUGACUGACCCAACAUUCAUCUGGUACAAAAAUGGACGUCCUUUAACCACAAAGACCAUCAAGAACAACCAGCUCCACCUGCAGAUGAUCAGCAGUGAGGAUGCAGGCAGUUAUAGCUGUGUUGUAGGAGGAUCUCAACACCUCCACUCUACUGCUCACAGCCUCAGAGUCAGAUAUCCUCCAAAGAACAUCUCAGUAUCCAUCAAUCCCUCUGGUGAAAUAGUGGAGGGCAGUUCAGUGACUCUGACCUGCAGCAGUGAUGCAAACCCACCUGUGAAGAACUACACCUGGUUUAAAGAAGGUGAAACCUCACCUGUGGGAUCUGGACAGAAUUACAGCAUCAUCAGCAUCACUGCUGACCACACUGGACUGUACUACUGUGUAGCUCAGAAUGAUCAUGGAGCUGAGAGGUCAGCUGGAGUGCCGGUCUUUUUUAAAGUUCUCUUUACAGGCUACCCCCUGAUUCUGUAUGUAGCUGUUGGAGUCGGAGUUUGCAUGAUUACAGUUUUUCUCACUGUAGUUUUGUGGAGGAGAUCUUCUGAGAGCAGGAGAAACAGGCAGGACAGAAAUACAGAUCAAACAAUCUAUGCGAAUGAAGGCCAAACAGACCACAGCGCCCAUCCACCCCCUGAAGAUGAGUCCAGUGUAUACGCGAAUGUUGCUGUUUUUAAGAAGCAGCGCUGAGACCAUCACCAGCAGUGUUUACCACACCCACAACUGCAGCAACAAUCCACUGGACAGCCACAGCUGAGAGAAAGAGAGAGAGUUUUUAUUGAAUCUAAAACAUCAAACUGUAACAUACACGCAUCUUCCUGAUCUUUUAUGGGAAUGUUUACAUUUUUAAACCCAAAUCUUUGAUAUCAGCAUUCCUGCAUGUCAAGUCACUGAAAGCCUUUUAUUCCCUCUCGUAAACAUUAAUGUGAGGGUCUCUUUGGAACGACGCCAAAGAAGAACCAAAAGCAUUUCUUUCAUUGCAUCAGUCCAGAGAACCCAAUCUGGAACCUUCAUUUUUCAUGGUCUAUAGUAUGAACCUAUUUUAAAGACUUGGAGCUUUUAUGUAUUUAUUGUUUCUAAGAUGUUCCACCAUCAUAUCUUAUAAAGCUGUGUCAGGCCAAAGCUUUGUCUCUACAUUUCUGUUUGUUUCUAUAAUAAAAACUAUUCCAUGCAGUCA